CGUCCCGGGCGCCCCCGCGGGCCAUGGAGCUGGCGGCCGGCAAUCUCAGCGCGGGGAACGCGAGCGGGCCCGAGCCGCCCGCCCCGGAGCCGGCGCCGCCGCUCCUCGGCAUCGGCGUGGAGAACCUCGUCACCCUGGCGGCGUUCGGCCUGAUCUUCGCGCUCGGCGUGCUGGGCAACAGCCUGGUGAUCACGGUGCUGGCGCGCAGCAAGCCGGGCAAGCCGCGCAGCACCACCAACCUGUUCAUCCUCAACCUGAGCGUCGCCGACCUGGCCUACCUGCUGUUCUGCAUCCCCUUCCAGGCCACGGUGUACGCGCUGCCCACCUGGGUGCUGGGCGCCUUCGUCUGCAAGUUCAUCCACUACUUCUUCACCGUGUCCAUGCUGGUCAGCAUCUUCACGCUGGCCGCGAUGUCGGUGGACCGCUACGUGGCCAUCGUGCACUCGCGGCGCGCGUCCUCCCUGCGGGUGUCCCGCAACGCGCUGCUGGGCGUGGGCUGCAUCUGGGCGCUGUCCAUCGCCAUGGCCUCGCCCGUGGCGUACCACCAGCGCCUGUUCCACCGGGACGUCAGCAACCAGACCUUCUGCUGGGAGGAGUGGCCCAACCAGCGCCACAAAAAAGCCUACGUGGUGUGCACGUUCGUCUUCGGCUAUGUGCUGCCGCUUCUGCUCAUCUGCUUCUGCUACGCCAAGGUCCUUAAUCAUUUGCAUAAAAAGUUGAAGAACAUGUCCAAGAAGUCAGAAGCAUCGAAGAAAAAGACGGCGCAGACGGUCCUGGUGGUGGUGGUGGUUUUUGGGAUCUCCUGGCUGCCGCACCACAUCAUCCACCUCUGGGCUGAGUUUGGCGUUUUCCCUCUGACGCCUGCCUCCUUCCUCUUCAGGAUCACAGCCCACUGCCUGGCGUACAGCAACUCCUCGGUGAAUCCCAUAAUAUACGCAUUUCUCUCCGAAAACUUCAGGAAAGCCUACAAGCAAGUGUUCAAGUGCCACCUGCGCCCUGAGUCACCGCUCAAUGAUACUAAAGAAAAUAGAAGUCGCAUGGACACCCCGCCAUCAACCAAUUGUACUCACGUGUGAAGGUGGACACCUCAGAGCCUCGCAUCGUGGAUUCCACACGCGUGGACCAGGCCGGACAAAGUACAGGGAGGAGUUAAGCAAGGCUGCACCUUGUUAUCUUAGCAACAAUUCAUGCUAUUUUAAUUAGUUCAUGCUGUGUUUCUAAGGUACUUUCAUCCAUUUAGGACACCCCUAGGUGCAUGCAGAUUGUUUUUAAAUCCUAUUUCAAAGAAAGGGAACACUGCAUAGCUUCAUACCUCUUGAGAAAUGAAAGGUGAAUAGAGUUCCACAGGUACGUUCAAUUCUUCAUAGAACGAGGACCUCUCAAUAUGGUCGGGAAUAUUUACGAUCUACGUUUUGAAGCAGGUUUAUUUAUAAAAACAUUUACGCUUUAGCACUUCAAUUUUAAGAAACGUGGUGAUACUGUAAGCGCCGUGUUUAAACAUAUAUGAUCGUGGCCACCCAGUGAACAUGUUACCGGAAUUUUACUUUUGUGGUCAUUUACGUGGAGGCGCAUCUAUUCAGUGGAAAUAGGACUUCGCUAAGUUUAUUUGCACAGACACACCUGCUCCCAGGUGUGAACAGUGCGUGGGUUGCUGCAGGUGUGCUGCAUCCGUCUGUGCUCACGAGUGCAUCUCAGGAGGUCAGCCAAGGGUCAUGGCACAGAUCCCAGGGGUUAGCUGUGGGCGCUGCCACAUAAGAAAUAUCCUGUGAACUCAGGCUUUGUAGAGUUGACUGGAAAAAAAGAAAAAAAAACAACAAGGGAAAAAGCCAAGUACAACUAUUCUACCAUAAUAGUGGAAGCUGUGAAUGAGCUUUUGAGAAUGAAACUGGGCAUUAGCUACAUCUGGAAUGGAACCUACUGCAAAAGACAGAAUUAGGGAAACAAUGCCAGGGAAGAUGAUGUGUGGGUCACAAUGCCCACGGGGCCAAAGAAUAGUCAGAAUCAAGCCUUGUGAGUAGAUAUGCCUAGGAAAUCCUAUCUCGCACAAAGAAUGCUUUUUUUGUUAAUUUGUAAUGAUGUCUCAUGAACAUUUACCCCAAAUAUUACUCCCCCUGGAAAUGUUAAUUUGUAGCUAAAAUGAUCACCACUUGAGUUUCAAAUGCAGUUUUCAUGACAAUUUCAUAUUUAUCCAUGUUUACAAGGAGACAAUGGUAUGAAAAGAUUAAAUUAUCCUAUACUAGAAAAUAAUUUUCUGACUGCCAGACUUGGGUAUCUUUUAGGAGGAUGCAAAAAGCAAGAGGAUUUUUAGAAAAUGAUUUUGUAUAACGUGCACGUGUGUCAAAUCAGGACGCCAUAGGAAAUAUCGAAAUUUAGGCCAACAAACAAACUCAUUGUAAGUCUUCUCACGUUGACUUCUGAAGCUCGCCAAUUUAUUUUCAGUGAUGAUGUUGCUGCAGCAAACACUGUUCACGUUUGCAAUGGUUCUCUGGCUAGACUAGGAGAAAAUUGUUAGACAGGACGGGAAAUCAAGAGCUUUCAUGUUUCAUGUCUGAUGGCCAGGGAAAGGAGCUGUGUAUGCGUAUGUGAGUAUUUGAAAGAACGGUGGAAACCCUGCACGUGGAACAUUUUCCACACUUUAUGCAAACUCAGCGGCAGAAAUGCGUUAUUCUGACAACGAAACCUCAUGUGCUUUAUGGAACUAGAGGUGGUCAUUGCAAAGCCAGGACAACUUCUGCGUGUGACUCUCCAGCUGCACAGAGUGGCCUCCUGGUUGCCUUUGGACUUGCAUGGAUGAGAAUAACUUUCUGCACUGUGGCUGUUCCCUGUUCUGUUCUCCAAUUCCUAUGCUCAGAAAUGGAAGUUUUAAAAAGAAUGCUGCUGUCUUCUAAGAUGCACUGCAAAGGCGCUUCCAGGAUGCGCUGGCCCACGCCGCUCUGCUCUCUCACGGAUGCUGGUGGCACAGUGAAGCGAGAGGCUCAGCACCGGAGCAUAACUGACCUGCAAACCCAUAGUGUUUAGUGUAAGCACAACUCGUGUCAUGUCAUAGUCAGAUGGGUUGUCCUUUCUUCACAUCGACGCUUUAAUCAGAGUUCAGCUUGUUUCUCCUAUAAUGAGUUUUGAUCCGAUGAUAACGUAUGACCUGAGGCUCUAAACCUGUCAAGUUUUCUGAACACAGAGUCCCAGGACCUGUAGCCGACUCCGGUUACCCAGGAAGCAUCGGGGCAUGCCUGGCACACUGGGCAGCUGCUCUCCUGAUAGCAUAUAUAAUUAGCGGGACCAACCCAGAAGCACCUUCCCUUCCUGCAGGAAGUGCAGAAGGCCUCCGGGCCACAUACAUCACCCUGCUGCAGCCCAGGCUCCGGGAGAAAUACCACGUGUGCAUUUGAAGCCAAGCUGCUUGAAAACCUGGCUUUUCAGUGAACUUGAAAGAAAAUUGAUGUCUUCUCCUCAGAUUUGGCUGCCUAGGUGCCCGAGGCAGCUGUUAUUUUUCUGGGCUUUUUGAUUUCACGUGGGAGACAGGUUCUGGGAUCUUUAAAUGCUUGCUGUUUCAUAUGUAUAAGCAACAAUUUCCGUUUCCUGCUGCUGAAUAGUGACAUGGUGGACAAGGCUUUCUUGUCCUAUUUUCCCAGCAGAUUUCCUAAAAAGAUUCCCUCUCUGCUGUUCUGACCUGUGUGUGCUCAGCAAUGUGAGGACUGAUGCCAUUGUCUGAACAUUUUAGGUAAACGUUUGCUGUUAAUGAGAUUGUUCUCCUGCGCACAUCGGGAGGAAACCAUCAUUUCCUUCAUUCUCUGCCUCCCCACCCCACCUUUGUGUUCUCUCCCAAGCGCCUCACUCCAGCAGUCCCCACCAUAAUAUUCCUCCUCCUCCUCAGAUAGAAGGAGCUAGAGCGGGAGGAGAGAAGAUGACUGAGCUGCAUGAGUCAUCACGGCUAAGGCUUCUGUGACUCAACUCCGAAUUGCGGUACCGCAGACAAUUGCAUUUGCUGGGUGCCUCAGAUGCAUUGAGACACCGCAUUAAUAAUUCCGAUAUGUUAAUUGAACCCCAAGGUCAGGUUUGUUCUGAGCGGGAGACAAGAACUCAUCUAAGCACCGUCUCGUCUCCUUCCCCCAGAGAGCCACAGAUUCCUGCGAGUUGCAAAGUGCUCACAGGUACCACAGAAGCAGCGCUACCCUGAGAAAAAUGGCCUGUUGUGUAGCUCCGCCACGUUCCUGCUUAAAAGGAUUUAUUAAACCCAUGAGCAGAAACCACACAGUCAUGAAAUGGGACACCUGUAUUGAUGUGGCCACUUUCUCUGCAAACUUAUCAUCUGAAACUUGUAAAUUUUGGUCUACACUGGUUGCAAAUAUCACCCAGGGUUUACAUUUGUAGGCUUUCUAUUUAAGGUAAUUCUACUUUUCUUGGCCUUUGAAAAUGUGCUGCAUAUUAAGUUAUUUGUCAAGUAGAUGUUAGUGAGUUGUUUAUUUAAUGACUUGUUUGUUUGUAAAAAGCUAUACAUAGCAAGAGUGGGUGGCCUAACAUGCUAUUAUAAUAGAUGCUUGUUGUCUUGGAAAGAAUUACAAGAUGGUCAUUUUCUCUGAUUCUAACUAAUUCCGUGUUUUAAUAAUUCCUCUUUUAGAAGUGGAAAGGUUGAGCCUGAACAGUUUAGAACGCUUAAGGCUACUCCGGUGGUGGCUGAAACAGCGGCCAGCCUGCCUGCCGAGGGGGCCCUCCCUGUGCGUCCUAAGGGUCCGUCGGAGGGUUUUGUUUACUGUGAAGGUGCCAGAAGGUGGUUCCCUGGAGUGGCAGGUUCACUCACAGCCCGUGUCCCUUCGGUUGCCAUGCUGGGUUCCUGAGCUCCGCACAGCUACCUGCGUGGUUUGACAAGACUUGCGAAUGGCGAGCAGCCCCGGGCUGUGCUCUCAGCUGAGCGUCUCACUGCUUCUCCUGGGCGUGGGCCCCAGCCACCCACAGCCUUUGCGCACAAGCUUCUGGGCGCGGGGUCCAGUCCUGAGUGCAGUCGUGGUGACAGGGGUCACCUGGGGAGUGGGCAGCGGGCAGGCAGGCUGCUGAGUGCUGCUUACUUUUUUAGACACUGGGAAUAAGCCGGACUUGCUCUCCGGCUGUUUCAUGUUGGCUAAGUUCGCCAUAGUCAGAUGAGUGUACGAAGAGCACAUCUUCUGGCUUAAGACGUUGAUUCACUUUGGGGGUGGAUCGCCUCAUCGUCUUCGCUGGGGAACAGGCUCCCGGAUACUCAGAGUACAUUGUGUCGCUCCCAGUUCUCAGCAGUGGGAAACGUCAGCAUGAAGACGGCCAGCUGCUCCAGGUUGGGGCUGGUGGGCACCCCGCCGCUGUGUGGGUGACCUUCCCGACCUGCUCCGGUCGCUAACCAUGUCCACUCCUCUGAGGAGAUCUGGGCAGGUAAAUGGGCUGCUCUUCAUCUGUCAUCUGUCAUGAGUGGAGGUGACAUCUACGCGGGGACCCUGGGGUGCAGAGCAAUGGCCAGAGAAGGAACCAGAAUGACCACUUGUCGUCCCAAGUACUGCCAGUUGGAUGGCGUCUCCUGCUAGAAGCAGAGGUCCAGGAAAGCAGAGGUAGCUGGGGACAUGUUGAUUUGCAGUGGAGACCUUCCUAUCUUGUUAGAAAAAAAAAAUCAGUGUAAACGUGUUGUUUUGGCGCCUUUGUCAGGGCCACCUCCCUUUGACUGUGAGAAGGUAUUGUUUAAAAGCAAAAGCGUGCCGUUUUCCUCCUAAAGAGGAUGUGGCUGGUACGUACCAUGGCUGGGAAGUAACCUCCAAGGGGGCGGCUUGGGCUCAGGCAGCUGGAAGGAGCUGGUGGCAUCUCAGGCAUGUGCGUCCUCUUGGGUAACUGUCAUUUUCUCAAGUGACAUCUGCCUGAGUUAGAUGCAGACUCACGCUGCCUUGUAGAAAGGCUAAUGGAUGUUAGGAAAUUGAGGUUUGGUUUAAUUCUGUUGGUGAGUUGCCCGUGGAAGAGCUGUCAUUGGUAUUUUCACAUAUCAAAGAAGAACGCUGAAAAGACGAAUGAGCCUCAAAGCCAAGUGCACAUGUCACUGCACUGGGGAGCCCCUGAGGGCCUGGUUCUCAAACUCACCGGCAUGGCACUGCCUGAAGAACUGGCUCCGGCACCUCCAGAGUUUCUAACGCAGGAGGCCUUUCCAAUAGGCUCUUCGGUGCCAUUGAUGCUUCUGGCCCAGCGAUGGCAGGUUUGGGCGUGGAGCCUGGACACUUUUGAGGUCUCUAGGAGUCAGUUAGAACUGCUGCUGCUGAGGAGACAGCCCUUUACAAAUCCAAACCUCUAUGAUUCUGUGAAAAAACUGCUUACAGGAGACCCAAAUCAUUCAGAUUUUUAUGUUUUACACUGAUCAGGUUCAUAAUACAUCUGUUCAACACCCUAUUUCAAUACCCUAGCUACAGAAAUGUGGACGUUUUCAACAGCCUGAAGGACUUCGAUAGCUCCAUGUAAGGGGUUUCAGAGAUCAUCAUCAAUUUUUCCUUCCAAAAAAUAAAAUAAACAUUUUGUGGGAAAAGCACCUCUACAUUCACUGAUUCCCCGAAAAUGUACAGGGGUCAAUAUAAUGUUCAAAAUUGUCACAUGUGGGUUUUUGAACUUGAUGUUUCUGUUAAUUGUGUGCAUGUCUUUCUGUGUGGCUGCUAAUUUUUAACUACGUUAUUAUCUCUAAGAGAUAAAUGUAACUUCCUCUGUGUUUAAAGAUUUUCAAUCAAAUAUCUCCUGAUAACAUAGUAGUGCAGAUAAGGAAGACAAUCUCUGUAUAUCGUGUUUUUAUUUUACUAAUGUGAUUGCUCAGGCACAGCUGUGUGAGUAAUGCUGAGCACGGGUCUCACACCAGACGCUGUUCUCUGGGGUUUGCAGCUCUAAAAUUUGUCUCAUCAUCUGUGAAAUUUUGCAUGGAUAUCACUUAGCAUGAAUACCAGUAAACUUGCAAAGCCAAAGCCCAAAAUUAACAGCUUCUAUUAAUCCACUUAGUAGCAAGUGCAGUCCUCAUCGCUUCCCUCUGUGUUCUGCAUGAAAUCCAGCUGGGAGUUGGGAUUUGGAUCAACUUGCUUAAAUUGAAAAUAAAAU